AUGGCACCAUUAGCAGAUACGGGGUUGAUCAUUGGCACCCCCAUCAUUCAGCUGUACUGUGGCAUUUUCGUGAGUGUGGGUUUUCUCACGGUAUAUCACUCUGUUUUGUGUUGCGCGAAUAAAAGAGGCAGAAGUGCAGUUUCAGCCUGCAAGAGUGAGAAAAAGGCUGAGGAACGACUUCAGCAGCAGUGGAAUACCGAAGCGACCCAGCUGUACAUACACGAGGCGACGAUGAUGUCUACACUGAACAGUUCUGUGUACCAGCGACACCUUGACCAUGGCCCGCCUACAUUCAGGAUGAAUUAUGCACACAUCACAGAUCAUAAAUUAAUCCAUGAGUCACCCCUGACUUCAAAGAAAAUGAAGGUGUACAGCGUUACCAGAUACACAACCUUGAGUGCUUCGACCAUCUGUGUUUCCCCUGAUUACACUUCCGGAGAAACGGCCGGUGGUGGGCGCUCCCUAUGUACUGUGUGUGUUCGUCGUGGGCGUGAUUCUCAUGGGCGUGGGGACCUUCGUGACGUCACACGCCUACGAAGACGACCCGAAAGACCCGGUCCUGAUGGCGGUCGGACCGACGCUUCUCGGCUGGGAGGCCUGCUGCUGGUGGGGUCGGUCGUCCUGUGCGUCGUGGCCUGCUGCAGGAACCAGAACUUUCACGAGUCCAUGCCCGACGACCUCUUCAGCAUCGGCGGCUCCACCUUCUACGGCGGCAGGAACUUCGUGCAGCAGGAGGAUGAGGUCCGCCUCCACUCCGCCCCCGCCCACCACCUGCACAACUCGAUGGUGAGCGGAGUGGUCAACCCAGCUGGGCCGCCACUCGAGGACCACCACAGCGAGGCCGUCAGAUACCUGGCCGAGACGGUCGUGGAGGAGCGGAACAGACGGAAAAACUCCCGCAAGUUCCUCCACCAAAACUCCUGGGACUCUCCUGGCCUAAGAGACCACGCCCCCCUGUUCCACACGUCUUCGCACGGCCCCCUCCGAGAGGAAGCCGCCCACCUGGAGCACCUGGGACUCGAGAGGCUUCGGCGGGCGGAUCCUCACAUGGAGCUCGCCGAGGCUUUCGACCUGGACGACGACAGCGAAGGCUACGAGGCGGGAGUGCGGGAGAGGGCGUACAGCAUGUCAGUCCGCACCCCGGCAGCAGCCCUGGCACCCAUUCCACACAGACUCCGCAGAAAUGUCACCUUCUCCCCGGCAUCGCGAGCUAGAAUACAACAAGAGUUGUUGAUGCAACAGCAGCAGCAAGCAAAUCAACUAUUGCAAGUUCCACCUGAGCUUUCCGUUCCUCAGCGAAAGCGAAGCUCUAGACGGCGAAAGGCCCGGGCCAAGGAUUCUGACCCCUCGGCUGUGAAGAUUCAUCAGCUCCCUCAGUACAACCCCGACAUACUGAGCGCCUUGGGCAUCCAGCCAGGCCGAGCGCCCGUCAGGCGAGGUCUGAGCAACAGCAGCCACGGCUCCGGCUCCCUGAAGAAGAGAGGUCCGGACCCAGACGUGACCCACGGCAGUCUGGGUAAGCCUCGCCGACGCCCUUCCAUGGGAGUGAGCAGCCUGUCCCAGACCAGCUCCGGCUCAGCCUACAGGCACCGCUCCUCCAUCUACGCCUCGGACAUGGAGCUCCACCGAUCUCCGAGAGGCGUGGGCGGCCCUGUGAACGGGUCCGGGAUGAACAAGAGCGUGAACAGUGUUGGCAGUUCGAUGUCGGACAUGGGGCGAGAACCCUGCCUGCCGGACGGACACCGCGAGGAGCCCGCCUAUGGCCCGCCGUCGUCUAAUGGGGGCUCCGUCAGCGACUUCCGGCGGAUAGACUCGUCGCCGCUGCUGAGCCUCCCCGACCCGGCCGAGGAAUCCGCGUCCCCCAGCUCCUUCCACCGGCCUGGGGGAGACUACAGCACCCCCCCGCCGUCGUCGUCCCCGUCACCCAUGAGGCACCGGCGCCCCCUCUCGCACAUCUCCUCCUGCUGCUCCGACUGCUGUGACUGCGGCAACGACAGCUGCGGCGGCGAGGAGUGCAAGGCCCACGACGGAGGGGGCGACGGGGGGGCUUCUGACGAGGGGGCUGGCGAGGCUGACGGAGGCCAAGGCAGCGAGAGGGAAGGCUCCUGCCGAAACCAGCGCGGCGAUCGGUCCAAAAGCGAUUCAGACUGAAAAGAUGAUUUCCAUUUUCAAGGAGAACUUGAGGGAAAUAGUCGAAAUAGCCAUGAAAAAAGUCAGUGUGUAAUAAGAUUCAUGAACACGGAUCAAAUAGCUUCCUUUCAUAUUAUUUAUUCACUUGUCAGCCAUACGUUAUUGCUUUUGCUUGCCCCUUGAUAAGAAAAAGAAACACCAACAUUCUUCAAGUCCCAUUCUCAUUUGUCCAUCCUCCCGCCCUCAUACGUAUAAACGCCUCAUCGAAACCCAACACGACUGCGGGGUCCUGUGUCCGUGCAUGCAACCCCACUGCAAUUUCGCUUUGAACCUUUGCCCAGAAAGGUAAUGAAUACAUGAACGUGGAUUAUUAGGACUCGAAGUGGACUUUGAACACCGAGACAAGGACGCCGCCCCUGACACUGAACCGCGGAGAGGUGGGCGGGGUCCUCGACGUACGUGUUAUAGUGGACACGCCUAAGGAGGAGCGAUGGGCGUGGAUUCUGCUUCACGGGUUGCUAUUGCAGUAGGUGUUGGUGUGUGCGUGCGUGUGUGCCUUUAUGUGUGCUUGUGUGUUUUUAUUUGUGUGCGUGUGUGAGGGAGAAAGGGAGAGAAUGAGAAAGAAUAUGUGUGUGUGUGUGUGUGUGACCUUAGAGGAGUUUGAUUAGCCUUCCCUGGCUAGUUUUAUCGUGUUAGUAAGAUAACUAGGCAGGAGAGCAUCUCUCUCACUCUCUUCUCUUCUAACUAUCCUUUUCUCCUCUUCUCUCUUUCUAUCUCAUAAUAUCUAUCUAUUUAUCUGUCUAU